ACGUCAUGCGUCUUUGCGGCGCGGUGCGGGGAGGCGUGGCGAAGGGUUGUUUCCCGGCCGGUUCUGGGGGCUCCUGUCAGACCAGACCACUUCACUCCGCGCGUCUGCACGCGGGCGGGCAUGACGGCUGGACGCGCGCGAGCAAUAGGUAUUCCGCCGCCAUGAAGCCCUGGCGGGAACUCUGGAUUGUUCAAUGAAGCUGAAUGGUGGAAGAGUCAGGAUAGGAAAAAGAGAGGCUGUACUUCAUACAGUCAUGCAGUUUAAUUAUGUAAUUCACUACCACAAGAUGUAGUGAUGGCCAUAAACUUAGAGUGCUUUGAAAGGAGAUUAGACAAAUUCAUGAAAGCUAAGAAUAUCGGUGAAAAGAGCUCUCCUGUGAAGACAGAACAAGCAGCAUGAUGGAUUCAGAAGACCUUGUCCUUAACAAGUCAAAGACAGACCAAAUUGGUCACCGCAUUGUAAAUGUUAGCUCAGGCAAACAUUACGUCUGUGGUUAUUGCGCAGCUGUCACAAAUGUUGCAGUCACCUUCCCUGUCCAGAAAGUCCUCUUUCGGCAGCAACUCUAUGGCGUACGAACCAGAGAUGCGGUACGUCAGCUGCAGAAAGAUGGGCUCAGGAAUUUGUACCGUGGUGUCCUUCCUCCACUAAUGCAGAAGAGCACAACCCUGGCAAUAAUGUUUGGUCUGUAUGAGGACUUGUCUUCCGUACUCCUAAGGCACAUGAGUGCCCCUGAAAUCUUGACCCGGAGCUUGGCUGCUGUGCUUGCUGGGACCACGGAAGCUGUUCUGACCCCUUUUGAGCGUGUUCAGACACUGCUGCAGGACUACAAACAUCACGACAAAUUUACAAACACUUUCCAAGCAUUCAGAGUUCUGAGAGAGCAUGGGGCCAGGGAAUAUUAUCGGGGAUUGGUGCCAAUCCUGCUUCGGAAUGGCCCUAGCAAUGCUCUCUUCUUUGGUCUGAGAGGACCUAUCAAGCAGUGUUUGCCCGAAGCAACAACGUACAGUACUCAUUUGAUAAAUGACUUUAUCUGUGGAGGGCUGUUAGGUGCUAUGCUGGGAUUCCUCUUUUUCCCAAUGAAUGUUGUAAAAGCCCGCAUGCAGUCACAAAUUGGUGGGGAGUUCCAGUCUUUUCCCAAGGUUUUCAUGAAGAUUUGGCUGGAGCGUGACAGAAAACUGACCCACCUCUUCCGAGGUGCCCAUCUGAAUUAUCAUAGAUCCCUGAUUUCUUGGGGCAUAAUCAAUGCAACAUAUGAAUUCUUGCUCAAAUUACUGUGAAAAGGGUAACUGCUUGUGAAGUUCCUUUUCUCAUUUGGGCACCAGACAACACAGAGCUGUCAGUUUCCAGGGAAAAAGCAAGCUUGCACUAGUAAGACAGCUUUGUAACAUUUGGAAAAUUUAAUUGAAAAAUAAUAGUUCUUUCAGUAGGUAAGGAUGUCAGUUGUAUUAAGCAGUGCCUACUUAGCUCAAAAUAUUCGGUCUUAUUAAUGGCCUUAUUAAUGGCCUUUCAGUCUCUGGGUGCAUCAGCUGUAUGGCUAGAACAAUCAGUUGAAAAGUUUCCUGGAAUAUGCCAGAAGGUGGAUUCACCCAGAACAUUUGCUCCAGAUCACCUUCAACUUUCUCAACACUCCUGGUGAUCCAAAGAAUGCACUUUGAGGAAAUGUAUAAUAGGGCAGAAGACAUAUUUAAUUUGUUGCUUGGCCCAUUUGGAACAAUUGUGGCAUGUUGUAAUAAGCUCCCCUGAUGUGUCAAGUUCUUCCCCCAUACACACGCCUUUUUUAUUCCUUGUAAAGAGACUGCCAAUUUUUGAAGGGAAAAUAGUUACCCCCCCCCCAAACCUUAAGGUUCUCCCAAACUUGUCAAAUAGCUUUUGCUAAACUGUUGAUACAAAUGGCAUCUUGCAAGAUUUAAUAUUAAAUGUCAGAAACUGAAUUCACUGUAAGUUCAGUGUUAGGAGUAUCUGUUUAAAAAUAAAUAGGUGGGUGUGGCUGGGGAGGAAAAGGUGACAAAAGCUUUAUUGUCUGAAUAGCUUUCAAGUGUCCUUCAUGUUACACUGCCACCUAAUUUGUCACUGUAGACUUUUGCUUGGCUGUUUAUACUACUAAGUUUUGUUGCCAGUGGAUAUACUACUCAGAGGGUUGCUUCCUGUUAGCCACUUUGCAGCUUUGGAAAGUUGAAAUCCAACCAAAAUAUAAGCAUUUUUAAGUCCCAUUGAUUUUUUUUAGUGGCAUUUCAAACUGCUUUAAUUUCUUCUGGUAGGUUGUGUUCUAUGUCUGUAAAUGUUUUCUGCAAUUAUGACAUGGCUAAUUGGUAUCCAGAUCUGAAAUGUGAGCUGCUGUCAGGUAAACUUUAUAUGCUGUGCUUAAGCAGGAGUUGUGUGUGCCUGAAUGGAAAUGACUGAACUAGGUGUUUUAACUGUUACCAUUUCAGACUAUUCCAUUGUGGUAGAAAAAGGAAUUUAUAUAGCUGCUUCACACACUGCUUAGGCAUGUUGUUUAUAUCAGGCAUAAAUUCUUCUGUGUAAACGAGUCUGUACAAGUAGGCCCAAUAGGGAGAUAUGUCCACCCACUUCACAGCAGACAGACUGUUCGAGUGGGACCUCACUUGGUUGUAUAAACUACACCCAGUGUGUGAACUGGCUCGUAGUGUGGUAUGAAGGACCAUGCAUGUAUGUGAAAAGGACAUAAGCCUCUGCAAGCAUUACAUGGGGCUGAUUUUCUGUGUUUUUUCAAUCAUGCUGACAUUUUACCUGAAUUCCAAUAUACAGAGAAAAGCAAAAUUUGAACACAAGCAACACAAGAGGUCUCAAGUCAGUUAAUGAGAGGAAAGCAAGUCUACCAAAAUAAUGCUCAUCAUGGGGCAGGGGAUUCUUUUAUAUAGUUUUUUAAAAAUGUAAAUAGGAGUUAAUGUUUUCCUAUUUGUGGCACACAGAAAAGCUUUCCGAAAAUGAAUUGAUUAUCCUCCAAGUGUUGUUUCUCCUAGUGGACUUUUUUAAAGUGUAGCUAAUAUGUCAAUAUCGAGAUGGUAUGAUUUUUAAUUUAUGUUGCCUGUUUUCCACCUGAUAAUUGCCCUAAAGCAGCAAUUAAUCCUGAUCAACUUACCCCUUUUCCUUGGUUCUUAUACUGUACCAGUGAAUGCUAUUUAGCCUCACAGUCAGAUUGCCAAGCACAAAAUGAAAGAAUGUUUGAUGUUGUGAUUAUAUGCAUUUAAACAAAAUGUCUGUUGAAUGUUUCACUUUUAAAAUCUGAUUUUACCACUGGUUUUUUUUGUAUCUUUCCCUUGAUGGAAUAAACAACGUAAAUUUCAUUUCCUUCAGUGAAGUAGACUAGUAUUUUUCAAACACAGAUCUUACUGUUUAGUCCACAUGAGUCUAGAAGCAAUCCUGAAUGCUUGACAAAGUGGGGAAAUGAAGAAUGCUACACUUCAGAUUUUCCUGUUGUUUCUUCAUUCUUAUUUCAUUGCAGGAAAAUAACUUACAAUUUUGCAUGUAGAUGGCUUUCUGUGUAUAAUUUAAAACAUGUUUUAAAAAGCUAUAUCAUAAAUAACUUUAGGUUAUCCCUGUUUGCCCAGACAUGGACUUCAGAAUGCCUUCUUGCCAGAGGUAGGAAGCAGCCUUGCCUCUUGUUAUGCUUUUUGUUAGAUCAUAUUGCUAUUAAAGAUAAAUGGGGGAGGUAGAAUCAGGGUUGACAAUUUGACUAAUAUAAUGUCUAUUCAUGAUGGGAGGAAGAGAAUAAUAAUAUCUACAGCUAUCAGCUAGGCAGUAACACAGUGUUACCACCAAGGUAAUUGUUUUUGUGUGCUUAGGGGUGCGUGUAAUUCCCAAAUAUAUAGCAGGUUACUAUUUUUGCCCUUCUUCUUUUACUUGAAAUCUCCCUGUAUAAGGUGGGCAGGAAAGUGCUUUGUGACAUGCAUAUUCCAAAUCGAACACAUAGAACUGCGCCCAGCAGAACGCUAUAAGUGGCUAAAGCAGACUAAUCCCCGCCCAAACUGACACCCUCCAUAUAUUGUAAAUUCUGGAAUUUGCUGAAUAUAGAUUCUAGUUGGGCUAUCUUGUAUUUUAAAAGUGUUUCAAUUUAAACACUAAUAUAAUUCUGCAUACCCAAGGCACCUCCUGAGUACACAGAAACUACCACUUUAUUUUGGGAGAGAUUCAUCUCACUUCCAAAUUUGGGAGCAACCCAAGUUCAAUACUGGGGGGAAACAAGUGAGACAUGCAACAAAAUGUUGUGUUCUUAGUGUUCCUGCCAGGCAGGACUCAUUGUAGGUUACUCCAUUCCCCCACCCUACCCUGAUUUUUUUGUCCAUGCCUCCUUCCAGACUCAGCAAUCUGUGGUCAUGGGUUGUUCAGCAUGCUCAGUCCUAAUCUGCAAAAGAGUACAAGUAUCAGCCUGCUUUACUAAGCUAUGGCUUUAAGCCACUAGCCUACAACUAUGCCAUACUAAUUCUGUUAAUGUCUAUGUCUUCCUCAUAAUAAAAAUAAACCCAUUAUAGCUGUUUCUACCUAUAAAAUAUGGGGUGUUUUCCCCAUUAAUUAUCUAGGAGAUCCUCAUUUUUCCUUCCCCAUUCUAUUUUCCUAUACUAGUUUUUCCCCCUUGAGGAAUAAGAAAGUACUUGAUAGGUUCUUGGAAACAUACCUUUUCUUAAUGAUGAUAAAAGUGAAGUCAUUGUGCAGCUGAGUCACUUCUCUGUGAACAUGAGAGCUGACAGGUCACGUAAUCAUUGCAACCAAUUUGAAAUUAUGAAUAAUUACUUUUUGCAAGGUGUAUAAAUGAAUUCCCCUUGUAAUGUUUAAGUUAUCCUACUUUAACUUCAUUUGUACCAUUUACAUUAUGCUAUUUUAAAUCAGCAUUCAAGUAUACAGUACAUUGUUUUCAUGUAUUCAUUCUCAUGGAUUUGUUUUAUUUGUGUGGCACAUCAUAUAUUAUAAAAUGAUCAUAAUUAAUGUAAACUUUUAACUGUAUAUGAUUUUCUAUCUCUUUUUACCAUCUAGAAAAGGGAGGGGGUUAUUUUUUAUAUUCCCUUUUUCUGUACUCAGUUGGAGCCAAAUUCAGCGUUGGGACAGUCCUGACACAGCUAUCUGUAUGAGGGCAGACCCAUACCUUUAACAGGUACAUACUGUCAAACAUUGCACAAAUGAAAAUCAAAACACCCUUGUGUACUUGUAGAACCAUACUGCCACAGACCAGCAGUCACCAUCUGAGAACUCCACCAUCCAUGAAUAUGUACUGCUAAAGGCUGUUCAGUUUUGUACACUGCAUUAAUUUAUUCCGUCAUAGCCUGUCCUGUGCUGGCUUCUGAAUCAGGAUGUUAUUAAACUAAUGGAUUUCUUAAAUAAAAUGACCCACUUCUCAAGUAUUUGAGGUGGCGAGUAAAAACAUGA